AUGGAGUUGCUAUGGAAACUUAUAAUGCUGCUGUCAUUGGUGGAGUGCCUGGCAGGUAAUGGAGUCAUAUUGAGGCCCGUGUUCACCAAACAGCCCGGCAGCGUGGUGUUUCCCCUUCACCCAAGCGAGAGCCGCAGAGAGGUGGUAUUCAGCUGUGAGGCCCAGGGACACCCACCUCCCUUCUACAGGUGGAAGCUGAAUGACUCUUUCAUCGUGCCCAGACCAGGGUCACGCUAUUCUCUCAUGGGGGGCAACCUGCACAUCAGCCAUCUAAACAAAGAGGAAGAUGUGGGUGUUUAUCAGUGUCUGGCUUCCAAUUCUUUUGGCACCAUUGUCAGCAGGGAGGCCAGUCUGCACAUUGCCUACUUGGAGAACUUCAAAACACAGAGGAGGAGUCCAGUAAGAGUUCGUGAGGGUCAAGGAGUGGUCUUAUUGUGCGGCCCCCCACCCCACUCUGGAGAGCUUACCUUCACAUGGAUCUUCAAUGAGUACCCAUCAUUUGUUGUCCAGGACACCCGGCGCUUUGUGUCCCAGAAGACAGGCAACCUUUACAUUGCCAAAGUAGAACCAUCUGAUGUUGGCAACUAUACUUGUGUCGUCACCAACACUGUCACCAAAAGUAGUGUUCAAGGACCACCAACUCCUCUUGUAUUGCGGGUCGAUGGUGUUAUGGGCGAGUACGAGCCAAAGAUUGAAGUGCAGUUUCCUGACAUUGUACCUGUUGCCAAGGGCUCCACUGUUAAGCUGGAAUGUUUUGCACUUGGAAACCCGGUGCCAACCAUUAGCUGGAGACGAAUGGAUGGAGCUUCAUUUGGCAGGAAGGUGGACCUGAAUAAAGCCAGUGGGGUCUUAGAGAUUCCCUACUUCCAGCAGGAAGAUGCAGGGCUGUACGAGUGUGUGGCUGAAAACACGAGAGGAAGAAACUCUGUCAAAGGAAAGCUGUCUUUCUAUGCCGCCCCCCAUCUGAUUGAGAAGCCUCAGGAUGCCCAGAAGCUCAUUGAUGACACCCUGGUCUGGGAGUGCAAGGCCAGUGCCAAGCCCAAGCCCUCCUACUGCUGGCUGAAGAACGGAGAGCCUCUGGACCCCAUGGAGGUCAGAGUUCAGUCAAAUAAUGGGGCUCUAACCAUCAAUAGCCUGAAGCUGGCUGAUAUCGGCAUGUACCAGUGUGUGGCAGAGAACAAGCAUGGACGAAUCUUCACCAAUACCGAACUCAGAGUCAUAGCAAUCGCUCCAGACUUCUCUCAGAACCCACUAAAGGCCCAAACUCUGGCCCGACAGAGUGGCGAUGUACUAAUCGAAUGCAAGCCAAAGAUGUCCCCUCGAGGCAUCAUUUCCUGGAGGAAGGGAAAAGAGGCCCUUAGAGAGAACCACAGAGUUUCUGUCUUGGAUAGUGGAAGUCUACGGAUCACUAACGUAACAAAAAUGGAUGCUGGUCUCUACACGUGUGUGGCCAGAAACCAGUUUGGAGUGGCAAGCAGUGCUGGCAGUCUUUUGGUUAAAGAGCCCACGAUGAUCACCAGUCCAGCCGGACACUUGGACGUUACGGUGGGGGAGAGUAUUGUCCUUCCCUGCCAGGUAUCCCACGACACCACCCUGGAACUCAAGUUCACCUGGUUCUUCAACGAGCAGCUCAUCCACUUUGGAGCCCAUGGUGGCUACUUUGAAAAAGUUGGCAGCCGCUCAGCUGGUGACAUCAUGAUCCGGAACAUUCAGCUGAGGCAUGCUGGGAAAUAUACUUGUGCCGUCCAGACCAAGGUGGACAGUGUGUCUAUUGCCACUGAUGUGGUAGUCAGAGGUCCCCCGGGCCCCCCCGUAGAGUUUCAGGUGAACGAGAUGACAGAAACCAUUGCUUCUCUGUCCUGGGGACCUGGUCUGGACAACCACAGCCCCAUCCUCAGCUACACCAUCCAGGCCAGGACACCUUUUUCCCUGGGUUGGCAGGCUGUCACCACCGUUCCUGAGCUGCUGGGGGGGAAGCAGCUGUCAGCCACUGUCAUUGACCUGAGCCCCUGGGUGGAGUACGAGUUCAGAGUCCUGGCAACUAAUACUAUAGGAACCGGAGAACCCAGCAAACCCUCCAAAAAGGCCCGCACCAAAGAGAUGCCUCCCAGGGUAACUCCAUCCAGAGUGAACGGAGGGGGCGGUGGCCGUUCAGAACUGGUCAUCACGUGGGAGCCUGUGCCGGAGGAGCUGCAGAGUGGUCCUGGCUUUGGCUACGUGGUGGCUUUCCGCCCACAAGGGGCACAGGGGUGGAUGCAGGCUGCCAUCACAUCCCCUGAUGCCUCGAGAUAUGUCUUCAAAAACGAGAGCAUCCCUCCCUUCUCCCCAUACCAGGUCAAAGUAGGGGUAUACAACAACAAGGGCGAAGGCCCUUUCGGGCCGGUGACCACCAUCUACUCAGCUGAGGAAGAGCCCAGCAGAGCUCCGGGACGGCUGAGGGCGAGGAGUGUGUCAGCCUCUGAGGUGGAGAUCACCUGGAAGCCGCUGGCAUGGAGCAACAACCGCAGACGCAUCCUGGGCUACGAGCUGCGCUAUUGGAGUGAAAGGGACAAGGAAGACACAGCCAGCGUGAUCAGGACCGUUGGGAACAGAACGUCAGUACUCAUUAGGGAUCUGGAGGGCAGCAGUACCUACUAUGUCUCCCUGCGGGCCUAUAAUAGUGCUGGGCUGGGACCAAAGAGUGCCAUCGUCAAUGUCACCACCAAGAAACCACCUCCGAGCCAAGCCCCAGUCAAGAUUAUGUGGAACACCUCGAAUUCCAAGGUCAUCCUCAAGUGGGACCAAGUCCACGCCCUGGAGAACGAAUCCGAGGUCACAGGAUACAAGGUGAUGUACAGCCAGGACAAACACAGUCGUCCCAGCGUGGUGGAGACCAACACCACCUCCUUGGAGCUGUCGCUACCUGUCAACCAGGACUACGUCAUCCAGAUUAAGCCUUUUAGUGAGGGAGGGGAGGGCAGCAGCAGCCGCCAGAUCACCAUACCCAGGAUAGCAGGUUCCAUACCCAUGGGAGCUGCCCCGGAGCCCGCUGUGUUAUCACUGGUCAACGUUGCAGCCCUCCUCCUCACAGCCAGGACUUUGCUAUGACAAAUAUAUCUGGGAACCUGAUGCGACAGUC